UGCUUCAUCGUUAGAUUCUCUGUUUUUUUUUUUUUCUUUUUGGGUCUCGUUAGCCAUAGCGCUGAAUUGGCCAGCAGAACCCAUGCAGGAUGUGUUGUUUCACUAGAAUACAACUUUGGCUGGCUUUGCUGGUUCUUGUCAUUGCUUUCCAUAAUGGCAGCAUUGCAAAUGGGUGGCAUUCGGCCUCCCCUGGCUCCACAAAAGGAGGCAGCGGUACAUAUGACCAGUACUUUGCCAGUUCUGGUGUAGAUGAGCCAUACGAGGCAGGGACUGCUCAAGUAAGACCUAGCCACAGUGGGACUUCCUACUCUAGUGCAGCUCUUGGCAGUUCACAGGCCACACAUGCAGGAUCUUUCCAAAUGUCAGGGGGCAGGUCCGAACUGUUCUCUCCCUCCAGGCCAGCCCAGACUGCGUCUUCCCCUGUUCAGAGCAGGUAUCGGCCAUCCCAGGUAGGACCCAGCCGAAGGACUGGAUACCAGAGCUACCAGCAAACCUCUGGGUCUCCGCAGACUACAUACCACCCUGUACAGAGCAACUACCCGUCAUCCAUGGGUAACUGGAAACCACAAGCUGUAUCUAGACCAGUGGGGAGUACCCAGGAACAAGCAUCUCCAGCCAAGCCAGCCCAGAGAAGUUCCAACCCUGGCAGUCAGAACUGGCAGUCUCCAUCGGUGUCUAGUGGUCAUCAAUAUGCUGAACCUGAGCAAAACGGGCAAACCUCCAGACCAGCACAGGGUAACUACCAGCACUCCCAGACUAGAUUUACACAAAGCUCCGCGGCCCAACACACUGAUGGCACCAGGAAACCAGCAGCUGCUGCUAAUCCAGUCCAGAGCUGGCACUCUCCUUCAGUGUGUCCAUAUGCUAAGCGUGAUCAAAACAAGCAGACCUCCAGACCAGCACAGGGUAACUACCAGCCCUCCCAGACUAGAUUUACACAAAGCUCUGCGGCCCAACACACUGAUGGCACCAGGAAACCAGCAGCUGCUGCUAAUCCAGUCCAGAGCUGGCACUCUCCUUCAGUGUGUCCAUAUGCUAAGCGUGAUCAAAACAAGCAGACCUCCAGACCAGCACAGGGUAACUACCAGCACUCCCAGACUAGAUUUACACAAAGCUCUGAGGCCCAACACACUGAUGGCACCAGGAAACCAGCAGCUGCUGCUAAUCCAGUCCAGAGCUGGCACUCUCCUUCAGUGUGUCCAUAUGCUAAGCGUGAUCAAAACAAGCAGACCUCCAGACCAGCACAGGGUAACUACCAGCCCUCCCAGACUAGAUUUACACAAAGCUCUGAGGCCCAACACACUGAUGGCACCAGGAAACCAGCAGCUGCUGCUAAUCCAGUCCAGAGCUGGCACUCUCCUUCAGUGUGUCCAUAUGCUAAGCGUGAUCAAAACAAGCAGACCUCCAGACCAGCACAGGGUAACUACCAGCACUCCCAGACUAGAUUUACACAAAGCUCUGAGGCCCAACACACUGAUGGCACCAGGAAACCAGCAGCUGCUGCUAAUCCAGUCCAGAGCUGGCACUCUCCUUCAGUGUGUCCAUAUGCUAAGCGUGAUCAAAACAAGCAGACCUCCAGACCAGCACAGGGUAACUACCAGCACUCCCAGACUAGAUUUACACAAAGCUCUGAGGCCCAACACACUGAUGGCACCAGGAAACCAGCAGCUGCUGCUAAUCCAGUCCAGAGCUGGCACUCUCCUUCAGUGUGUCCAUAUGCUAAGCGUGAUCAAAACAAGCAGACCUCCAGACCAGCACAGGGUAACUACCAGCCCUCCCAGACUAGAUUUACACAAAGCUCUGAGGCCCAACACACUGAUGGCACCAGGAAACCAGCAGCUGCUGCUAAUCCAGUCCAGAGCUGGCACUCUCCUUCACUGUGUCCAUAUGCUAAGCGUGAUCAAAACAAGCAGACCUCCAGACCAGCACAGGGUAACUACCAGCCCUCCCAGACUCGAUUUACACAAAGCUCCGCGGCCCAACACACUGAUGGCACCAGGAAACCAGCAGCUGCUCCUAAUCCAGUCCAGAGCUGGCACUCCUUCAGUGUGUCCAUAUGCUAAGUCUGAGCAAAACAAGCAGACCUCCAGACCAGGGUAACUACCAGCCCUCCCGGAUUAGAUGUCUAGCCAGUUCUGUGGCCCAACACGCUGGUGGCACCAUGAAACCAACAGCUCCUAAGCCAGUCCAGAGUGGCUCAAGGCCUGAGGUUACGUCUCAGUCUGACAGAAUUCAUGGGCCAUCAUAUCCAAGUAAGCCAGUCCAGAGCAGUCGGCAACCAGGUCAAUUUCCCAAAACCUCUCCAGACACUAGAGCACUGUUGUGGGGUGGCUAUAGUUCUCCUCAUGGAAUUGCUUCAGGCAAAUUCAACUUGGGUCUUGCUCAGACUAAGGGCUAAAGGCUUGGAGAAUGCAGUGUUUGAAUGAAGAUGUUCCUUGAAAUGCAGCUUCAAUAAAUGUCUUUGCUUUAUAAUA